AUGGCUGGUUGGUUUAAGCUGUCCCUGUUGCUGUUAUUUCUAGCCCUUGGCCUAGAUGCCAAGAAAGAGGAACGUCAACUUAAACUUGUGAUCGAUAAGUUUUAUGUGAAGCAUCAUGCCCCUGACAUCUUCGAAGAGCUCAAAUGUGUAGUGACCCAAGCCAAUCGCAGUUACCUCAGCUGCAAUAUGAUUCUACGGCGUAGCAUCGAUCAGGCUGAAAUGAUAACUAAUUACGAUAUCAUAAAAGCAAACAAUCAGACGAUGAAGCUUUACAACAACCGCAUGGACUUUUGUCAAUACUUCACAGCCUUGCAUAAGGUGCGCAUAUAUCGGCAAGUUGCGAAAACUUUUGUAGCUCGAUUGGGCGAAAUGAUCAAGUGCCCACUAAAACCGAACUUCAAUUAUACGCUUACCGACUGGUAUAUGGACGAGAAACACGUGCCCAACUAUUUACCUGAAUGUAAAUACAAAGUGUCCACGAAAUUUUAUUCCUAUUCCAAAUUGAUUGUUACAGCACUAAAUAUUGGAAGGUUCACCUAUAAUAACAAGAGCCUCUUAUAA